AUUCGGUGCGUUCAUCGCAGUUGAGAUUUGUGACGGAUUGAUUACUUCUUGAGGGUGGACUUUGGACUGUGGUACUUGAAAAUUUGUUGUUGUUUAUUUUUAUUUUUUUUACUACUGCUGUAGAUAUGAAUUUCAAAAUACGCGCUGCAACUAAAGAGGACUGCAAAGAAAUUUCGAGAAUGAUACUGGAGUUAGCGGUUUAUGAAAACAUGUCCGAUCAAGUGAAGAUCUCUCAUGAAGAACUGGAACGUGACGGUUUCUGCGAGAAUCCCCUCUUCGAAUGCCUCGUCGCAGAGGUACCCGAGGAUCAUAAAUCUGAAGAAGGAUUCACAAUUGUCGGAUAUGCCUUAUACUUUUACACAUACAGUACAUGGAAAGGACGGUCAGUAUAUUUGGAGGACCUGUAUGUGAUGCCACAAUUCAGAGGAAAUGGCAUUGGCAAGGGUUUACUGAGCAAAGUCGCUGAGGUGGGGAAGAACAAGCAGUGUGUUCGGCUGCAGCUGUCCGUGUUGAGCGUGAAUACUCCCACACGAGAAUUCUAUGCUGCUAAAGGAGCUCAGGACCUCACCGUCAGCGAAGGCUGGCACUUUAUACGUUUUGACGGACAAAACCUGGACAACUUAGCAAAGGAGGCACCUAAAGAUUAGGAGACAGUGCCAAAGUGAACCUCACUCUGUCUGGUUCCUGUCUUUUCUUUCUCCUGGUUUAACUAAAUGAUGUCCUCAUUUAAGUUGUUCAUUUUCACUAUGAGCUGUGUAUAUAUUUUUUAAAAUAAUCUCAUUUCAUUGAGGUAUUAUUGACCUUUCUUUUGACCUUUUCUUUUCUCUAUUUUGAAAGUUGCCUAUGGUUCCCUUUCAGCGCAAAGUGCAAAUUCAAUUUGCAGACAUAAUUUCCUACAAAUGUUUGCAUGUCCUCAUAUCAACAACACUUGUGAAGAUAUAAAUAAACAGCAGAUUUCCUUUGCUCGUUAAGUUAGACACAGUCCAGUCAUGAGAUGCUUUUAAUCUUUGUAGGAUCUAAUGAUGAUUAUUGAAGGCUUAUUUCCCAACAGCACAGUAUGACUUGAUCCAAGUAAAUCCAAUCCCAGCUGUAACACUCUAUGAUCCCACUAGGUGGCAUAUUGAACCAACUGUAUGACCUGUGCUGUAAUUAGAGCAUAACUGCAGUCUGGGAAUGUUGUGUCCACUUUCAGCUCUGUGUCUUCAGUGCAGUCUUAGCUAUGUAGUGUUUUCUGCUUUGGUCAAAGGAGAAGAUGAUGUACAAACAACAAACUCUGUAACUCAAAACUCCUUUAUUGAAACCAGUAAAAUGGUAUUAUUUUUAUUAAUAAUAAUAAUAGUCAGAGUUUCAUUGCUCAAAAGCUUUUCAUCACUCAUCUUCACUCUGUGUUAUAAAUCAUUUCCUCUCAUUAACAUUCUGACAGUUUGGUGCAACCAGUCACUAAAAAUGAUAUCUAUUAUGCACAAAAGCUGCAUUAACAUUUGCUUAAACUCUGUCAAAUAAGUGUUCUGGUUCACACUGGAUGAAACCCCCAGGUCAGUAUAGUAUAAUCACAGUUGACUGGCUUCGUUGCAAGUUAAAAUGCUAAAUUUUGCAGCAAUUUUGCAGGAGUUUUGCACAGUGAAAAGCAAAUCGGAGUUGCUCCUUACUACAGAUAUAUCUUGACAGAUAUUAGAUACUUUCUACGGCAAGAUUAUUAGCCAGAGAGGAAAGCUUUUUGAGCUUUUGACUUGUUUUGCAAACCAGCAAGAUGGUUAGUCACCACAGGUGACAGGAUAAUUAUGAUAAUGUAGCGCUGCUAUAAGAAACUGUGUUUUGCGAAAGGGGUGUAACUCCCAUCUUUCUCAAUUUAUCCACGUGUCCUCAAACAAGUUGUUUGAGAUCACGUGGGUGUAACAAAUGAUUUACAGCAUCACAAACUUAACAGACUUGAGCACAGGUGUGAAACAGUUUAAAGUGAUCUAAAGAUUAAUUAUGACUGAUUAGCAUGUGCUCUUCUUCCUAGUCAAAUAUAUAUAUAUAUAUAUAUACCUAAGGACAGAUUUGAUUUUUCAUGUCAUAUCAUUGAUUAGCUAUAUUACAAGUAAACACUGCAAACUUUAAAAUCAAAGAAAGGAAAAGUAAUUAGUUGUAAAGAUUUAGUUAUUGAUGGUCCUAUAUUUGGAUUCUCACCACAUUUAGUACAUUUUAAAUGCGAUAAUGUUCAUGGUUUUCUUCAGACUGUACUGUGCCUGUUUUCACCAUGUUGUACUUUUUCUUGCCCCUUUCUUGUUAGUGCAGUACAUAUCAGCCAUUUUCAUAGUACAUAAUCAUUAGAAAUUCAUAUGCAGCAAAUAUCUAUCACUGAGGUUCAGAUUGGAUAAAGCCAAUAAAUCUAUAUCAGUGUUACUGCUCUAAUACUACUAUACGUUGGUGAGUCUAGAUGUUUUCCGCUGUAAAUGCUCCCUUCUCAUAGUGCAUUCAGAAUAAUAAACAUUGUUAAUUUUUUCUUCAA